AUGCGCCCCGACGCCCCACGCGUGCCCUGCCUCUCGCCGCGCAUGUGCAGCGCCGCCGCUGAGGCAUUCUGGGAGAUGUAUUUUGCCGUCGAAGGGAACGGGCUCCUGCGAGACCCGCGCGCGCGCGCGAGACGUCCUCUUCUGCGCAUGUGUGCCUUCCCUGUCCUCACAGCGCUGCCCUCGGGCGGGAGUGAGGCUCUGAUCCUUGCACCUGGUUGGUCUUGGUCCGGGCUGAAGAUCUCUGUCUUCACCCAGAGGCUGCAGAAAAUGACCAAGUCGCAGGGACCGGUAUCAUUCAAGGACGUGGUUGUUAAUUUCACCCAGGAGGAGUGGCAGUAUCUGGACCUUCCCCAGAGGGAUCUAUACAAGGAUGUGAUGCUGGAGAACUAUAUCAAUCUCAUCUCAGUGGGCUAUCAAACUACUAAGCCAUCUGUGAUCCACAAGUUGGAGCAAGGUGAAGAACCAUGGAUGGUAGAGAGAGAAAUCCCAAAUUGGAGCUAUGCAGAAGAAACCUGGCAACUUGACGGCCACAUGGAACAACACCAAGAGAACCAAGAAACACUUUUGAAGCAUGCUGCGUUCAUUGACCAGGAAGCUGGGACUGACGAGAAAGGUAACCAGUGUAAUGCACUUGGAAAUAUAUUUCAUCUGAGCACAGACUUCAUUUCUUCAAAACAGAGACUCCAAAAAUAUGACCCCUACGGUAGGAGUUUGAAUUUUUUCAGCUUAUUUAGUGGUAAUAGAAGAUACUCAAAAAAGACUGAAUGUAGUGAAUGUGGGAAAGCCUUCUUCCAGAAGUCAGACCUUAUUAUGCAUAAGAGAACUCAUACAGGAGAAAAGCCCUUUGUAUGUACAGAGUGUGGGAAAGCCUUCAGCAAGAAAUCCAAUCUUGUUAUACAUCUCAGGAUCCAUACUCAAGAGAAACCUUAUGAAUGUACUGAAUGUAGAAAAGCUUUCACCCAUAAGUCACACCUCAUUGAACAUCAAAGAAUUCACACUGGGGAGAAACCCUAUGAAUGUGAUGAGUGUGGGAAAGCGUUUUUCCAAAAAUCACACCUCAGUAUUCAUCAGAGAACUCAUACUGGAGAGAAACCCUAUGGGUGUGACAAAUGUGGGAGAGCCUUCAGCAUGAAGUCGCACCUCUUUGUACAUCAGAGAAUACACACAGGAGAGAAACCUUACGUAUGUACCAGGUGUGAAAGGGCUUUCAGUGAAGUGUCCUGCCUUAUGAGACAUCAGAAAAUCCAUACUGGGGAGAAACCUUAUGAAUGUAAUGAGUGUAAAAAAGCCUUUUCUGAGAAGUCUGACCUCCUCAUACAUCACAGAACUCACACAGGAGAAAAGCCCUAUGAAUGCAGUCAGUGUGGAAAAGCCUUCAGACAUAGCCUGACCCUCUGUCGACAUAAAAGGACUCAUAAAGAAAAAAUUCCUUGAAAGAGAAACUAAUGUGGGAAUAUCUUCAACUAAAAGCUUCAGUAGAAAUCAAAUCUUGGAGUGCUGGAGUGGCUCGGUCUGUUAAGCAUCUGACUUUGGCCUAGGUCAUGAUCUUGC